CUGGACACUUCCGGGCGCCUCACUCGAAGGCUGCUGCUAGCCGCUAGCUCUGUGUUACGUCACCUAUUGGGAUAACACUACUCACACAACCAUAGCUCACAACAUAACGGCUACAUUUCUCCGUGUUGGCCACCAAAGGGCAGUGAACCAGCAUGUUUGGAGCGGUGGUUGUUGGCAUUGGCACAGCCGGUUGGGUGAGGAUCAGAGACAUGUUAGCUCCUCUGCCUGGCAGUCCGGCAGAGAAACUGAAUGUCAGAGCUUUCAUAUCCAGGAGAAAGCUGGACUCUCAGCAGGGAGUGAGCCAGGUGACCGCUGAAGAGGCCGUGAGCAGAGAGGACAUCCAGGUGGCGUUCAUCUGCACUGAGAAUGUGUUGCAUGAGGAAAACAUCAGAACUUUUCUGCAGGCAGGAAAACACGUGUGUGUGGAAUAUCCCAUGACCAUGAACUACAAAGCUGCUCUGGAGCUCUGGAACCUGGCCCAGGAAAAAGGAGUUAUUCUCCAUGAGGAACACAUUGAGCUGCUGACCGAAGACUACAAAGAACUAAAGAGAGAGGUGGAGGGAAAGCUCCUGCAGGAAGGAACGCUUCAUUUUACCGGUGGAGCUCUGAAGCCUGGAUUUGGUUUCCCAGCAUUUAGUGGCAUUGCUCGCCUUACGUGGUUGGUGGAGUUGUUUGGUGAGCUGUCGGUAACUGCAGCAACUAUGGAGGAAGACUCUGGCAACAACUACUGCAAGAUGACUGCAAAGCUAUUAACGUCUGACGACAGACCUCUGGUGUGGAUUGAAGAGCGGGGGCCGGGCCUCCCUAGGGCCAAGAACAUCAACUUUCAAUUCGACUCGUGUACUCUGACAGAGGUUCCUCCUGCACCCAGAGGGGCAGUAGGCAUCUUCAUGCAGGACCUGAUCCACUUCUCUGCCAAGCUGGCAGGCCAAGUGAGUCCCGGAGAGCUCCACAGGGAGAAGAUCAGAAUCCUACACUGCCUGAGAUUAGCCGGGAAUAUACAACAAUUGUGCAAAAGAUAAAUGGGGACUCUCCUUUAUGAUCAUGCUAAAUCGUGUUAUUGCAAUACGAUUUCUUUAAUUGAAUCACCAUACCCUUACAUCAGGGAUGGGCAACUUUGAUGGUGGUGGGGGCCACAUCAUUGAUGUACUGGCCACCAGGGGGCCGCAGAUUCACUUGGAACACACACACACACAAAUUCCAUGUGUUGUAUGUAAUUAUUAACAAAUGUACUAAGUCUGACA